UUCUCGGGUCAGUUAGUUAGAGACGGUCGCCCGGUGAAGAUCUUAAAGCGGUUCCAGGGUUCUAGCGGAGGACCUGUGAAAGUGAAACAGAGAGUGGUGGGACUGCAGAUUGUGUGUGCGUGUGAGUGGAAAGUGUUUUCCCCGGGAAGGUGUUCCCGAAGGACUUUGUCUAAUUUGAAGGACAAAGAUCGCGUUCGCUAGAAGUUUAGAAGCCGGAUCUACGGAAAUCCUCCGAUAGUCUGGAUCGUAUCGAUGGGAACUUGUGGGCGCCGUGCCUCAUCAUCGGCAGUGCAGCAGCGGAUUCGUCUAUGAAGAACCGACUGAAGUUUACCCUUUCCAUUGACGCCUGAACACCCUGAACACACGUCGUAGAGAAUCGCAAAUCGCGCACAGUUCAUCGCAUCACAUUCCAUUAAUAUAAUAUUUAUUUAUACUGUUUAUUUAUUCGUCUAACGUUCGCGCGCAACGCUUGAUCCGUGUACUACCGUACCCCUAAGUUGCGUUCUAAGUCGCGGUCGUAGAACGUCAAGAUCUCAUGACGUACGGUGGUGUCGCGCCGCGGAAAAGUGUUAAUGAAUAGCUGAGCACACAAUACACGCGCUAGAGCUAGGUGGAAAAACUCAUCAACUCGCGGAAAAACUAUUACAAGAAGUAAUCAUCAUUAGCGGCGAGCAUAAGUCACCCCUCUAGUACUACACAAUUGUCGCAGAGCGAUGGGAAAUCUACGGCUGGCGGUGCUAGCGAUUCUGCUGACACACUGUCUCGUGACGUUAGCUCAACAGGAAGUCAUCGUGGCCAUCGAUGAACCGGGAAAGACCCAGUACCAUGAGGCGAACUUUAACACAAGCGCCUACCAGUUCGGCUACGAGGUCGGCCCGAACGGGCAGUUCCACCACGAGACCCGCGGCCCGGACGGGGUGACGUACGGUUGCUACGGCUACAUCGACCCCAACGGGCUACUCCGGGUGACGCACUACGUCGCGGACACACACGGCUACCGCGUGGUCGAACCGAACCACCCCGUCGAGAUAUUCAUGGAUGCGCCGAGUCAGUACAGCAAUGCAAUUACGGACGAGGAUCCGAAGGUGCGCCACCGAGGUCAGGUGGUCCCGUGGAAAGAUCUCUACCUUCCCCGAGGUUGCGGAAUGUACCCGGGAGGACUCAGACCGGAUGGUCCUCCGGUAACCCCACCUCCUCAGAACCCCGCACCCACAAGACCAGGCGGCACCACCGGCGGUGGAAGUGGCACCGGUAAUCCUCAAGCUCCAGCAGGUUCGACGACGAACCGACCCGGACAGGGACAGGGCAGCUGGCAGCAGCAGGGUUCGGGAGGUCAGAGCCAAGGACAAGGCGGUAACUGGCAGAAUCAAGGUCAAGGCCAAAAUCAAGGGCAAGGGCAGAGCCAAGGUCAAGGUGGAAACUGGCAGAAUCAAGGUUCUGGAGGACAGAACCAAAAUCAGGGGCAAGGUCAAACCCAAGGACAAGGACAAGGUGGAAACUGGCAGAAUCAAGGAUCCGGCGGUCAAAAUCAAGGCCAGGGGCAAGGAGGCAACUGGCAGAAUCAAGGUCAAGGUCAGAAUCAAGGGCAAGGGCAAAAUCAAGGACAAGGUGAAGGAGGAAACUGGCAGAAUCAAGGUCAAGGUCAGAAUCAAGGGCAAGGGCAAACCCAAGGACAAGGUCAAGGAGGAAACUGGCAGAAUCAAGGAUCUGGAGGUCAGAACCAAGGGCAGGGUCAAGGUGGAAGUUGGCAGAAUCAGGGAUCUGGAGGUCAGAACCAAGGCCAGAGCCAGGGAGGAAAUGGUCAAACUCAAGGGCAGAACCAAGGACAAUCAUCGGGAUCUGGACACCAGCACGGAGGACAACAUCAAGGCUCCCAUCAAGGCCCAAUUAGUUCUAGUGGACACCAAGGCCAACACCAGGGCAGUCACCAAGGUACUUCCGGUCAACAUGGUGGGCAACAUCAGAGCGGUCAUGAAGGACCUAUAAGCUCAAGUGGCCAUCAACAUCAGCAUCAGGGAAGCCAUCAAGGAACGUCCGGACAACAUGGUGGACAACACCAGAGUGGUCAUGAGGGUCCGAUUAGUUCUAGUGGUCACCAGGGCCAACACCAGGGUAGUCAUCAAGGAACUUCUGGGCAGGCUGGUGAACAACACCAGAGUGGUCAUGAGGGUCUGAUUAGUUCUAGUGGUCACCAGGGCCAACACCAGGGUAGUCAUCAAGGAACUUCUGGGCAGGCUGGUGGACAGCAUCAGAGUGGUCAUGAGGGGCCAAUUAGUUCUAGUGGGCACCAAGGUCAACACCAGGGUAGCCACCAGGGAACCUCCGGACAACACGGUGGGCAACACCAGAGUGGCCACGAAGGUCCGAUUAGCUCAAGUGGGCAUCAACAUCAACACCAAGGAAGCCAUCAGGGAACCACUGGACAGCAUGGCGGACAGCACCAGAGUGGUCAUGAAGGACCUAUAAGUUCCAGCGGACAUCAACACCAACACCAGGGAAGCAACGAAGGCGGUGGGCAUCAACAUCAGGGACAAUCUCAGGGACAACAUAUGGGUCCGUUUGGAACGAGUCAGGUGCAAGUAUCAUGGAGUCAUGAGAAACCUGGCCCUGGACAGCAAGGUCAAGGUCAGCAGCAAGGUCAAGGCCAACAACCAGGUCAAGGUCAACAACAGUGUCAGGGUCAACAAUGCCAACAACAAGGGCAGGGUCAAGGCCAACAGCAAGGGCAAGGACAGCAGCCUGGAUUAACCACGGUUAGACCGAUCACGACGGCAAGACCCGGCCAGCAGCCAGUACAAGGCCAGGGACAAGGUCAGCAACAGGGUCAAGGCCAGGGACAAGGACAAUGGCAAGGCCAAGGAAAUCGCCCGGGUCAGGGUCAACAACAGGGACAGGGUCAGGGACAAGGACAAUGGCAAGGCCAAGGAAAUCGCCCGGGUCAGGGCCAGCAACAGGGUCAGGGUCAGGGACAAGGGCAAUGGCAAGGUCAGCAGGGGGCAACCACAGCGCGACCAGGUCAGCAACAAGGUCAAGGACAGGGGCAGGGACAAGGACAGCAGCAAGGAAAUCGUCCUGGACAACAGGGUCAAGGACAAUGGCAAGGUCAAGGUCAAGGACAGCAGCAAGGAAACCGACCAGGACAAGGUCAGGGUCAACAGCAAGGACAAGGUCAGCAACAGGGUCAAGGCCAGCAGCAACAACAACAGGGAACCACUACAGCAAGACCAGCUGGAGUACACAUUGGCAUCGGACCAAACAUAGUAGCGGGCAUUGGGGGCCUAGGCGCAUCGAUAAGCAUUGGUGGAGCACAUGGUGGCUUCACCGCAGGGGCAGGCAUUUCCCAGACAGGCAUUAGUGGCUCACUCAUGACAUCGCACAAUACUACCGUUCAUACGGGCGGAACAAGCAUCGGUGGAUCCGUUGGGACCACCGGAGUUCACGGCAGCUCGAGCCAUAACUCGAGCGGAUCGAUCUUUGGUGCCACGUACAACCACACGUCGGUUAGUAGUGGAUCGCUCGACGGCCAGGGAGUCCACGGAGGACACACAGGUUCGAACAGUUUCAACAGUACGCACGUUUCGGUCAGUGGCAAUACCGACGUCGAAGGGCACUUCCAGGGAGGUCAGGUCACGGUGGGAGGUACGGUAAACCAUACCGAGACCCUUGCGGUCGGUUCCGUUAACGUAAGUAGCACAUCCGGCGGUUCGUUUGGGGGAGAACUUGGCCCAGAGUACGUCGGCGGCGAAGUGAGUGGAAUGCUUGUCACGAAUGCCAGUAUCAGUGCGCCACUCAUAGGUCCCCAGCAAGGUAGUGUAACAGUCGGCGGUGGUGGUAGCAUAGGUAUCGGUAGACCCCCUCAAGAAGUACCUACCGAGUACCCGUACGGACCAAGUCCGUCACAAACGCCAGAACCAGUGUACACAACUCCUCAGCCGAACUACCCAACCGCUAGUGGCGUUCAACCACCGACUCGACCCAUCGAAACCGGUCCUCCACCACCAUCAAACAACAACAACAACCAGUACCCUCCCUACCAAAUCGCCGUCUCCCAGUAUCCCUACUUCUUUGUCCCUUACCCGUACGCUCCUCCUCCAACCGUUCCUCAAGCCCCGUGUAACUGCCCACAGGAUCAGAACCGACCAAACCAACCCGCCGGUUACCUCGGCUUCAUCCCCGUCAUCUACGUGCCCAACUGCAACGCCCAGCAGCGAGGACUCCCCACUCACAUCAACUGGCCGGCUCCUCCACCGCCGGAAGGCUUCGGACGCGCCCUAGACCAGCUGCCACCGUUCCAACGACUGGUUCAAGGUCCCGACGGAAGCUGGACCGUGCAGCAGGACCCACAGCAACAGGAAGCUCAACUGGCCCAGCCACAGCCACAAACGACGCAGCAGCCGUUACCACGACCACGUCAGAAUCGGGGCCGCCGGCUGAGGAGUCGAAGACCACCACUUCUCCAGCUGGCCGGAGUUCCGUUCGCCAAGAGUAGUAGUGUCGUGGGGGCCGAGCAGGAAACGCAAGUCGAGACGCAGGUGUAGACGGACGGAUAGACUGGAUAGAGGGAACAGGACUUGGAAGAGCUGGGGCGAGCAGAGGAUGGACGUCCGCCGGACAGGACGUGAGAAUAAAAUACUCAUUGAUCUUAAGAACACUGCGUUUAGGAUAAGGAAACUGUGUCGGUAAGGAGAAGAAACGUGUCAUUUCUAGAACUG